GUGACCAUGGCCCAUUACAAGGCGGAGCAGGACGACUGGCUGCUUGUCUACCUGAAGUAUCUCCUCUUUGUCUUUAACUUCUUCUUCUGGGUGGGAGGGGCAGCCGUCCUGGCCGUGGGCAUCUGGACUCUGGUGGAGAAGAGUGGCUACCUCAGCGUCCUGGCCUCCAGCACCUUUGCAGCCUCUGCCUACAUCCUCAUCUUUGCGGGCACUCUUGUCAUGGUGACCGGCUUUCUGGGCUUUGGUGCCAUCCUCCAGGAGCAGAAGGGCUGCCUUUCCACAUAUUUCUGCCUGUUGCUUGUCAUCUUCCUGGUUGAGCUGGUGGCAGGAAUCCUGGCCCACGUAUAUUACCAGAGGCUGAGCGACGAACUGAAGCAGCACUUGAACCAGACUCUGUCGGAGAACUAUGGGCAGCCUGGGGCCACGGAGAUCACCGCCUCGGUGGACCGUCUCCAGCAGGACUUCAAGUGCUGUGGAAGCAACAGCUCAGCCGACUGGCAGCACAGCAUGUACAUCCUGUCAAGGGAGGCCGAGGGCCGCCGGGUGCCCGACAGCUGCUGCAAGACGGUGGUGGCACGCUGUGGGCAGCGGGCCCACCCCUCCAACAUCUACAAGGUGGAGGGAGGCUGCAUCACCAAGCUAGAGCAGUUCCUGGCUGACCACCUGUUGCUCAUGGGGGCAGUGGGCAUUGGAGUGGCCUGCCUGCAGAUCUGCGGAAUGGUUCUCACCUGCUGCUUGCACCAGAGGCUCCAGCGGCAUUUUUACUAACGGUCAAC